AUGAAGCCUAGCUUACAAAGUGCAGCGCUGUUCAACGAGGCAGCAUGGUUCACGGCUGAAAGGGGAAUUCCGGUCGAAUAUAACAGAGACGGCAUUCUUUCCCAGGCGAUUCUGGACAAGAUGGAUCCUGGAUAUGACGAGAACGAGUUUACAAAAUUGCUGGCAGACAGUCACCAAUAUCAAGCUAUUGCGGGCAUAGAUACCAACGGAAAGAGGGCUCUUGAGCAUGAGAAAGCAUGGCUGGUAAUCAUGGUUGACCGUGUACAAAAAUAUUGCGAUCCAGAAGAUGCACUGAUGUUACCAAUGGUGUAA